AACGUGGAGGGAAAAAAAGUUUCGGUCCCAAAUCCCUUUCGCUGCAGGGCCAGUUUUUCUCUGCAUUCAUUCCCUGGGAUGGAUGGAUGGAAGAGUCCUCUUUUUGUUGUUUUUUAUUUCUUUUCUUUUCUUUUCGUCUAUUUACUCUGGCGAUCCCAGCGUAGGGGUUCAUGA